UAACAUGAAUCUACCAAUCUACGUACUGUCAUUAAUAAUUUCCGUUGUUAAUGGCAAUAUUUUCUUGGAUUCGGAAUGUAAUAUACUUUCAUCCAAAAGUAUUGAAUGGAACCGAUUACAAGGGUUGUGGUAUCUGACUUUAAACCAUGAGGGAGAUCAUUUGUCAUCCGAUCGAUUCUGUAUUGCAACGACAUAUUUCGGUAUUGUUGGAGACGGCGUCGCAUUCGUGAAACACGUCAUUUCUAGGAAUGGUGAUCCCGAAACGAAAUUGAUAAGCUACCCUGAGUACUACCAAGAAGAUCAUAACAUGCGACCAGGCACAGUCAUGCCACAACCAGUAUCACAAUUAAAAUACAUGAAGGAUACCUUGUAUUUGAGACCCAAUGCAGUGACAGAUGUUUUUACUGAAUUGCUCCAAAGCUACAAAAGUCCUGCAACGUUUUCUACAGAUUACGAUACGUACUAUAUGAUAGAGCAAUGUGGAGCGGACGGUAAAAGAAUGGUGCAUGUUUACACAAGAUCAGAAAAUCCAUCAGAAAGUGAGAUAAGCAUCGUCAAUGAUGCUUUAAAAUCUCGUAACGUCAACGCUACAAUGGUGGUAUCCGACUCUUGUGUUGAUAUCGGGCUGGCCAUGCUCAAAUGAAUACUUUUAUUCCCAGUGCUAAAUACUGUACCACCAAGCUGUAUUUUAUAGGUACAUGUGUGAAUUUUAGACGGAAAGUCAUAUUGAUUUACUCUAUAUUUACUAUAGUUGCUUUUCCAAUUUAUUGCAUGUUUAUCUGAAUGCUUAAAAUUUACCAGUGGCAAAAUUGCACCAAUUUGACCCAUAAUGUUGUUGUUUUUGCGAAACCUGUGAUAUAAUUUUGGGUACU